AUGUGGAACGCACUCGCUGAAAUUGGUGACUCUGAAUUCGUUCCGGAAGAAUUUGAUGUCACGGAAAAGACCAAGGAUACAUCCGCGAGCAACAUCAAGAGCAAAGAAGUGAAGUACUUCCCUUAUCUUCCUGAAGGUAUCGUCUUUGACAUUCUUGUUAAAGUGGCAGCAAGACACCUUCACAAAGAUUUCCGGCUAGUGUGUAAAGCAUGGAAAGGAAUGAUCUCGACGACUGAUUUCAUUUUCGCAAAUGCCAUCCAAACGAAACCUAUACUAUUGGUACAAGGCAUAAACUCAAGGGAUCCCCCGCGUUUCAAUGUAAAAGAAAUGGAAUUGGCAGAAAAACAGCUUCACUACAGACUACGGGUGCUAGAAGCCAUGAAUCUUGUGACCAAGUGCUGUGUAACACUCCCUAAAUGUCCUUCAGAUUGUCCACACCUGCGUUGCAGGGUAGCGUUGGGAUAUGAUUCUCGUACCAACAAGUACAAAGUGGUGCACGUUUAUGCUGAUUUGUUUGGUUUCGAGAUAUUUACCAUAGGCGGUUCUUAUAACGAAUGGAAACGUGUUUGUGGGCCGUGGAAGGACGCACAUCAUGAGCGACCCUUCGACCUCGAUUUCUACUGGAGCGACCCAAUAUUGACAAACAAGCGAUUUAUGCACUGGUUUGUCGAUUCAAAUGACUACUUUAUCUCUAUGGAUGUAAGCGAGGAAAAAUUCUUCAAGAUGCGGCUUCCUGCUGGUUGUGGCAAGGCAAUAAACAGGCACAAGUAUCAUUUGAUGGAGUUUGAUGGGAAUCUUGCUUUGGCACACAAUGUUUCCCCUACUCAAAUUGAUAUCUGGAUUCUGGGAGAUUUCCAUGGUCAAGAUUGGUUCAGGCAGCACAGCAUUCUAGCAGAGUCGACAAAAUAUACGACAUCGACUGAUUCUUCAUCGUGCAAAAAUCACGAAAAUGGUUUCCCUAAUCUCAGCAAACUUGUUCCUCUUGGAGGUAUAAGAAAUGGUGAAGUUUUGACGUUCACUGGUAGCAGUACGAAUUCGUGCAUUUAUCGGUACGAAACAAAUCGCAGAGAGAUGAAGAAGUUCAAACUCACAGUUAAGAAUUUGGAGACCUUGAUACCCCAUAGAAGCACCCUUUGUCAUCGGUAGACUUACAAACAGCUUUGAAGCUGUUGCUUUUCUUUGUUCACCUGUGGUUCAAGCAUUUGCCUUGGUGAAAUUUAUUAACAUCUUCUUCCCAUAUUUGCAUCCGACUGAGGUGGAUAUGUUGAGAUAGACACGAAAUUUGCAAAUUUUUGGAUGGUA